CCUUUUGUGCUAAUAGCAGGCCGAGCAUAAAAACGACAGGGCUUCUGUCAGAAGUCCAUUCUAACAAACGAGCAAAACACAGGACACCUAUCAAGCUACAACUCUGUAAAAACAAAAAAAGAUAUUUAGGAGAUAUUCAAAGCAAUUAUUCAGUUGCUAGACUUUUCCACUGCCACCAAGAGCCAAGAGUCAAGAGUUUGAACCUCAUUCAACAGAAGUAUGGAGGGGUAUGCGAUGACACCUGAAGACAUGGAGAGGGGCCUUGAAAAUAGCCUUGUGGACAGUGGCCCUGUGUACAACACAACGGUGACAGCUGUCGCUGAGGGAAAGGCCUCCAGAGGUUGGCUAUGGAGGCUGUGUGGCGUUCUCUUAAUAGCAGCUUUAUGUGCGGCAGCAGCCCUGCUCUUUGCCUGGUGUCAGCAUGGAAGACUGGCAACGAUGCAGGACGGAAUGGAGCCUCAGCUGGAGAUAUUCAUUGGUGCAAAAGAUACCCACAAUACAUUGAAGCAGAUUGCCGGCAAUGCAAAAACAGCCAUCCAUUUAGAGGGUGAAUACAAUCCUAAUCUUACCAUUGACACAGUGCAGUGGAGAAAGGAGGACGGCCAGGCCUUUUCCCAGGGCGGGUUCAAGCUACAAGGGAACCAAAUCCUCAUCCCACACACUGGGCUCUUCUUCGUUUACAGCCAGGCUUCGUUUAGGGUCAAGUGCAACGGCCCGGGCGAGCGUACCACUCCUCUGAGUCACAUUAUUUGGCGCUAUUCGGACUCCAUCGGGGUUCAGGGUAAUCUACUUAGCGGGGUAAGGUCAGUUUGUCAACAAAACUACGGUAAUGCUGAGUCCAAUAUUGGCGAAGGCUGGUAUAAUGCAGUUUACCUUAGUGCGGUGUUUCAGCUGAAUGAAGGGGACAAACUGUGGACUGAGACCAAUCGACUGACCGACGUGGAGACAGAGCAGGGCAAGAACUUCUUUGGUGUGUUUGCACUAUGAUGAGAGAGAGGCAGGCCAGAGGUGAAUAUUUGUUAUAAAAGUUUUACGUUAAAACUCUUAUUUUAGUGUUGCAAUUUUAUGGUAACUGAGCAAUCUCAAAGGAGAUAGGUCUAAUCUUAAUGGUUAUUUUGUGAACUGAAAAAGUUUAAGAAAUGAUUAUUGUUUGUCCAUACAUGAUGAUUGCCCGUUCUCUGUAUUGUAGAUUUUGCACCAAAUAAUAUUAUGACUUUGGGUUUUUUACAUUAACUUACUUUUAUUUUUUUUUAAUACUAUUUAUAUGAAAAUACAUAUUAACUUUUAAAAAAAAUGAUAUUUACUAUUUAUAUGAAAAUACAUAUUAACUUUAAAAAAUGAUAUUCACUAUUUAUAUGAAAAUACAUAUUAACUUUAAAAAAUGAUAUUUACUAUUUAUAUGAAAAUACAGUAGGCUACUGUGGAGUACUGUAGCAAGUUAUUUAUUUUGAGUUAUUUUGAUUCACAUCUAGCAGUAGCCUAUACUAGGCCUAUCAGAAUACAUUGCUACAAUAUUAAGUUAUUUAAUGUAAUGUAUUGAUGUACUAUGUCUAUUUAAAUGUGAUUGUGUGUAUUUUAUUUGUCACCUAUUCAGAGUGCUUGAAUCAACUGUAAUAAAUUCCAAAUGUUCUCAACUUUA